AUUUUUUAUCGCAAAACAUGAAAACAUUGUUUUACUCAAUAUUUUUACAAUCAAUCAGUUUUUAUAAAAGAUUUUGAUUUAAUAUUAAUUAUGUUUUAUUAAUUUUAAUCAAAUUUACAGUUAAUUAGUGUGCAAUUGAUUGUGCAAUCGGUGGACAAAUUAGUGGUCAGACAUGUCAUCGACGGGUGUUCUGCCGUUCGUUCGCGGCGUUGACUUCAGUCGCAACGACUUCCAGGACUACAGUUUCCCGAAGGAGCUCAAAGACAUGCGAAACGUGCGAUGGCUUAAACUGAACAGAACUCAUAUGGAUUGGAUUCCUGAAGAGUUGGCUAAUGUGACCAAAUUGGAGACACUGUCGCUGUUGCGCAACAAUCUGGUGACUCUUCACGGAGAGUUGGCAUCGCUUCCAUCUCUUCGGUAUCUCAACUGCCGGCACAAUAACAUUAAGAACAGUGGCAUUCCUUCAGAGAUCUUUCAUUUGGACGAACUCCUGGUUCUUGACUUUAGCUAUAAUCAGCUCAAAGAAGUGCCAAACGAUUUAGAGAAAAGUAAAGGACUACUUGUUCUCAAUUUAAGUCAUAAUUACAUUCAAACGAUUCCCAACCAAUUGUUUAUAAACUUAACGGAUUUGCUUUAUCUCGACUUAAGUCAUAAUCAAUUAGAAACACUUCCGCCACAAAUGAGACGUUUGGUUAAUCUUCAAUCACUUGUUUUAAGCCAUAAUCCUUUAGGACAUAACCAGUUCAGACAUUUGCCAUCAUUGGUGUCACUAAAAUCAUUGAUUCUUAGGGCAACAGAGCGUACGAUACAAAAUAUGCCCAACUCUUUGGAUACAUUGACAGAACUAACAGAAUUGGAUUUAUCUUUCAAUAAUAUUCCUCGAUUUCCUGAUUGUGUUUCUACAUUAAAAAGUUUAAAACGACUAAAUUUAAGUGAUAACUGUUUGACUCAAUUACCCCAAUCUAUUGACGAAGAUUGGCCUUAUCUGGAAGUGCUAAAUAUAUCUCGAAAUCAGAUAAGUUGUCUCCCGAAUUCAUUGUGCAAAUUAGCAAAUUUAAGAAGACUUUAUGUUAACGAUAAUAAACUCGACUUUGAAGGCAUUCCCGGAGGAAUUGGAAAACUUUACAAUUUAGAGCUUUUUAUGGCCGCGAAUAACAAUUUAGAACUUAUACCCGAAGGAGUGGUCAGAUGCGGUAAACUCAAGAAAUUGAUUUUAGCCAACAAUCGAUUGAUAACAUUACCCGAUGCUAUUCAUUUGUUAACUGAUCUUAAAGUUCUUGAUUUAAGCAAUAAUCCGGACCUAAUAAUGCCACCGAAACCAUCAGAAUAUGCUAAAAAAAUGGAGUGCUAUAACAUUGACUUUUCACUAAAUAAUCAGUUAAGACUUGCCGGAGCUCCCAAUGCUCCCGGUUUAGUCACAACUAAUGUGCAUAAUAAGGAUCCGAUUGCAAGAAAAUUACGAUUAGUUCGGAGGGCUCGAGAAAAUACAACGAAUUCUGAUUCAUCUAAAGUUUUGAAAGGAAUGACUGAUUUGGCCAAAGAUAAAGAUAAAAUAAAACGCGAAUCAUUAGAACCAAUGGAACAGGACUUGAAGCCAAAGAGAUGGGAUGAAGCACUUGAAAAACCAUCACUAGAUUACAGCGACUUUUUUGAUAGAGAGAUCGGCCAAUUACCCGGACUGACUAUUUGGGAGAUCGAGAACUUUGUGCCAAAUAUUAUUGACGAUACACUUCAUGGAAAGUUUUACGAAGGAGACUGUUAUAUAAUACUUAAGACAACAAUUGAAGACAACCAGAACCUCGAUUGGCAAAUAUUUUAUUGGAUUGGAUUACAGGCAUCACUAGACAAGAAGGCCUGCUCUGCUAUACACGCCGUUAAUUUACGAAAUUAUUUGGGCGCUAAUUGUCGCACCAUUCGAGAGGAACAAUCGGAAGAAAGUGACGCUUUUAUUGGUCUGUUUCCCGAUGGACUUAUUUAUAUAGAGGGCGGACGCACUGCCAGUGGUUUCUUUACUGUUGAAGAAGUGGAAGUGUCGAGUCGUUUAUAUAGAUUGCAUGAACUGUCAAAUAAACAACUUUAUAUGGAACCGGUAGCUUUGGAUAUACAAUCAUUAGAUCCGUGUUUUAUAUUUAUGUUGGACGCGGGUUAUAAAAUAUAUGUGUGGAAUGGUAUGAAAUCGAAAAAUACAAUGAAACAAAAGGCCAGAUUAUUAGCCGAAAAAAUUAAUAAAGAAGAACGAAAAAACAAAAGUGAACUUAUAUUUUGUACCCAAGACUCAGAACCGGAACCAUUUUGGCUCGAAUUGAAUUCUGGAAAACCAUUUGAUGAACAAUUGCCUGAAAUUAUUGAACACAUCAAACAAUUUAAACCAAUUGAUCCCAUAUUAUAUAAAAUAGAUUUGGGAAUGGGUUACUUGGAAUUACCUCAAGUCGAAUAUAAACCCAAACAAUUGAUACGAAAACAUUUUGAAACUAAAAAUGUAUAUAUAAUGGACUGUUCUAAUGAUGUUUUUGUUUGGAUUGGACGUAAAUCAGCCCGGUUAGUUAGAGCGGCAGCUUUGAAGUUGGCACAGGAGUUGUUUUCUAUGGUUAAUAGAUCUGAUUAUGCAGUGGUUACUCGAUGUCUUGAAGGUACUGAAACUCAAACGUUUAAAUCAAAAUUUCAAAGUUGGGAUAAUGAACUUGAAGUGGACUUUACACGAACUGCCGAAUCAGUACAGAGAACCGGCGCUGACUUAACAAAAUGGGUAACAAAUCAACAAAUGAAAAUUGAUUUGUCGGCAUUGUUUAUGCCUCGACAACCUAUUGUCACUAAACAAGAGGCUCAACAAUUAGCCGAUGAUUGGAAUGAAGAUCUUGAAGCUAUGGAAGCGUUUGUAUUAGAAAACAAAAAGUUUGUUAAACUUCCUGAACACGAAUUCGGACACUUUUUUAGCGCCAAUUGUUAUGUAUUUUUAUGCCGUUAUUGGAUUCCUGUUGAAACUGAAAAUGCAUCGAAUGAUGAGGAAGAGGAAUAUGAGGAUGACUUCCAUUGUGUAGUGUAUUUCUGGCAGGGAAGGGAUGCUUCUAACAUGGGUUGGCUUACAUUUACAUUUAGUUUACAGAAAAAGUUUGAAUCGAUGUUUGGAAAUAAAUUGGAAGUGAUUAAGAGUCAUCAACAACAAGAAAAUCUAAAAUUUUUAUCGCAUUUUAAGCAUUUUAUUAUUCAUAAAGACAAACGUCCCAUUGGUUCGGCCAAUACUUACCGUCCAAAUGAAGUCGAAUUCUUUCAUUUGCGAUCAAAUAGCAAUUCAUUAACUCUUCGAUGUAUUCAAAUAAAUGCCGAUUCAAUUGUAUUGAAUUCUGCAUUUUGUUAUAUUUUAAAACUGCCGUCCGUUGAUGAAAGUCAAACCGGAAAAGCUUAUGUUUGGAUCGGUAAUCAAUCAGAUGAAGAAGAGGCCAAAAUUGCCGAACAAAUGGCUCUACAGAUGUAUGAUUCAGAUUACUUCGAUAUAUCAAUAAUACCUGAAGGAGAAGAGCCGCAGCAAUUUUGGGACAAUUUGGGCGGUCAUAAAGCGUAUGAGAGGGGAGCGGCAUAUAUGCUAUACUCACGUUUAUUCCGGUGCUCUAAUGAAAAGGGAUACUUCUCUAUAUCUGAAAAGUGCAGUGACUUUUGUCAGGACGACCUCAUCGAUGAGGAUAUUAUGGUUUUAGAUAACGGCACACAAGUAUUCAUUUGGUUGGGCUCCCGGUGUAGUGAAGUUGAAGUCAAGUUAGCCGUUAAGAGUGCUCAGGUAUACGUUCAGAACAUGAGAAUCAAACAAACAGAUAGACCGCGAACUCUAAUGUUGACAAUGAAGGGAAAGGAGACGCGAAAGUUUACCAAAUGUUUUCACGCGUGGAGUCAACACAAGGUUGUGUCCGAUCCUAGACUUGUUCUCGACAAACAAAUGCUUCAAAUUAAUUAUAAGAAUUCAAUUCAAACAAAUGGUGUGAUUAGUGAUUAAUUUUUUUAUUUUAUAAUCUUUUAUUUAUUUAUUUAAUUUUAUUUAUAAUA